GCAUGCACCUGCUAUUUCACAGCUUCAGGAAGAUCUGAAGGGGUUCUUGCUUCAACAGUGAUUGAACGGAACUUCGAUCUCGUCUAAGUUGCUUUAAAACAAAUAACAGGUAUUUAUUUGAUAUAAAGGUUUCGACAAUAAAAACCGCCAAAAUGCAGACAUCUCAGAUUCGUCAGAACUACGACCGCGAAUGCGAAGACUUGAUUAACAAAAUGAUGAACUUGGAGCUUCACGCCUCCUACACUUACACCUCUAUGGCUCACUACUUCAAACGGGAUGAUGUAGCCCUUUCUGGUUUUGCCAAGUUCUUCAAGGAGAACAGUGAGGAGGAGCGCGAGCAUGCUGAGAAACUAAUGUCAUACCAGAACAAAAGGGGUGGACGCAUUGUCCUUCAGGACAUAAAGAAGCCUGAGCGUGAUGCAUGGGGCAAUGGGCUUAUUGCUAUGCAGUGUGCUCUGCAGCUAGAGAAAAACGUCAAUCAGGCUCUGCUGGAUCUUCAUAAGGUUGCUACUGAGAAGAAAGAUCCUCAUCUGUGCGACUUCCUGGAGACUCAUUACUUGGAUGAGCACGUUGAGACCAUCAAGAAGCUUGGUGACCACAUCACCAAUCUUUCCAAGAUGGAUGCUGGCAAUAGCAGGGUGGCAGAGUACCUGUUUGACAAGGAGACUCUGGAAGAAAAGAGCUAAAUGCAGACUUCAGAUCAUCUUGCUGAGAUUCAAUACUCGCAUUAUCCUGCUUAAAAGUCUGAGAGGUUGAAAUGUUAACAUCAAGUAAAGCACAAUUUCUGUCAAGCCUUAAAGUCUUUAAAUAGUGAACUUGUGAUAUCAAAAGUGGAUGAUAUCCUGUAAGUGGUGAAUUUAAUGAAUAAACAUUUUGGGCUGGA